UAAGCUAGAACGUCAGGUGUCUCUGUCCCGCGGAAGGUGAUCUUCAAUGUCAGGGGUCUCUGUUUGUCCAACUGAAGGUGAGCUACGAUAUCAGGAGUCUCUGCCCAACGGAAGCUGAGCUACACUGUCAGGGGUCUCUGUUUGUCCCACGAAAGUAUUCAGGUACGGGUGCCGUGGAUAAGGACUUGACUGACGUCUGUGACACCAGUCUGAACCAAGCAGGCCUCAGACAGACCAGAUUGUGUUCCUACAAGCAGACAACUUUCCUCAGACAGACCAGACUGUGUUCCCACAAGCAGACAACUUUCCUCAGACAGACCAGACUGUGUUCCCACAAGCAGACAACAUGGGUGGCUGUACGUCUGUUGGACGACUCGUCCUCGUCAUCUUGAAUAUAAUAUUUCUGCUGAUCUCCCUCGGGCUGCUGGCUGUGGGGGGCAUACUGAAGUAUAUGCCAGGGACACUCAUGGGCUUCCUGCUGGCUGGGGCACAGUCCGCUAUACCUCCUUUACCAACAGCUUCCGGGGGCUCAACCCUACCUUCAAUCAUGAUACCUGAUACGCUGAGCUUUGUGCCCAUGGUAGAUGAUGUUGCAACGGUGCUGCUGGCUCUGGGGGGCGUGCUGUUUUGCAUCUCCUUCCUGGCGUGCUGUGGCGCGUGUUAUAAAUGGAGGCCAUUACUUAUCCUGUUUGCUAUUGUGAUGGUUCUCCUCAUCCUGGGCAUAGCGGUCGUCGGCGCCCUGUUUCUCGUCAAGGAUUCUGUGCUCCAUGACACCAUCCGCAGCAGUCUGGCGGAGAAAACGGAGGAGGAAUAUGAAAAAAACCAGAAUGGGCCUUUCAUACAGAUCACUAAUGUCCUUGCCCUUCAGAUGAAAUGCUGUGGAUUCACGGGACCGUCGGACUUUGUCAAGAACCUGACUACAGACUUUAAGGAUGUUCCUGUGGCUUGCUGUGAGGACAUGAAGCAGACGUGUCUAGAUACAACUCGCAGGAAUCUAACUGAUAUCGAAACAACGGGCUGCUACGACAAACUACAAGACAUGAUCGAGGACUCUAAAACAUAUGCCAUAGUUGGCCUUGUCGGUGUACUCUUGCUGCUGCUGAUUGAAGUUGUCUUCGCAAUCGUCAUCGUCGUUGACAUAGGCAGUAACAAGGUGGGCCAGUCCUAACACCCGGAAGUCAGGAUUCAAGGUACAGUCAUCCUGAUGCAGAUUGUCUUCAUAAUUCAAGAUCCGAUCUUCAUGAUUCAAGAUACAUUCUACAUGAAUCAAGAACCAGGCUUCGUGAUUCAAGAUAAAGCCUUAUGGUUUAAUAUAUAGUCAAUUUUAUCUCAGGAAUAGAAAGUGAAAUCUGAUAAUAAUUUCGAAAUAUGUAUUCCUUUCCUGUGUGAACAUUUUACUUGGUUCGCUACUUUUGCCGACAGCUAUUUUUGCCGUUAUCCGUCCAAUACUUAAGGCUGACUGUGUGUGAACGUCCCACAUGCUUCAAGAAAGCUUCCCAUAACUUGAAGUUAUCCGUCCAAAACUUAAGGCUGACUGUGCGUGAACGUGCUACGUGCUUCUAGAGAACUUACUAUAAGUAUUCCGUCCAAUACUUAAGGCCGACUGUGUGAGAACGUGCUGCAUGCUUCUAGAAAGCUCCCCAUAACUUGAAUUUGUCCGACCAAUACUUAAGGCCGACUUUGUGAGAACGUGCUGCAUGCUUUUAAAGUGCUUCACAGAUUUUGCAGAUAUCCGUCCGAUUUAUGAGAUUUGGGAAGUUUUCUCCUGCUGUUUGUUUUGUUACAACGGUCGCAGUGAUUGUUUUCUUUCAAUCAACAUGUUUACUACCAGAGUCCCUGUUACCACAUGAGACAUACAUCCAGGGGAAAUGCUCGUGCGGUUGGAAUAGAUAAACUCAUUGGUUACAUUGAUUCGGUAGUUACAAGAACACACUUCAUUAUAAAAGAUAUAUAUCCGAGAUUGACAAUAGUUGUAAAAGGGUGAAAUAUACAUCUGGGGUUAAUAUUAUAAAUAGAAGAGGAUUUGGUCGCAGUGAUUUUACAAGCGUUUCAAAAUUCAGUGUUUGUAAAGUCCUGUUUCGGCCACGUGUUCUGGGAUUUCUUGGACACAAGUGAUUAUAUUUAGUUUACGCCAUCUGUGAUUAUACAGAGUACAAUAUCACCAUGUUCUAAGCGACUGUUAUAUUCAUGCUCAAUGAUGUACUUUAUUGAUGUCUUUGGUUGUACGACGUUACUGUUUUGCCAUAAUUAUACCAAUAAAAUUUGCUUUGUUUUAUCA